AAUGAGGCAUUUUUUGUUGGUUUAAUGCUUAUUGAUCUGAUCAAUUCUGACUUUUUUCUGCAUUAAUGAUAGUGUAGGCCUGUAUCCACGGACAUCAAGCAUGACAAACUUAACCGUGAUACACACAUAUUUUUUUUGAUGAUCAAAAGGCACAUCUAUGCUGUUUCAAGAGCUUUAAUGCAUUUUCCUUCAUCAUAAUAUCUUGGCCUUCUUGGGUAAACCAUUAUUUUGUGGAUAGUUAGACAAUUAAUGCCUAUUGAAUUUUAAUUUCAAUAGUCUGAUCAUCAUUUUGGUUUUGUGUGUGGUACUUUCGUAACUUGCUCAGUCGUUGGUGAGUCAUAUUUUGACUUCCGUUUAUGAACACGCUCGGUAACGCGAAGCGUCCCUCCUUCCUUGCAGCCUCAAUUGUAGAGCCAUGAAAAUACCUACCGUCAUCUAAAAUGAUCUCCUUUUGGAUCUUUAUUUAAUUAAAUUGAAAUUCAGUAAAAUGUGUAUUUUAAGUUCUGUAUUGCAAAAUAUCAGUCUGAAAUUUAAUUUUGAAAUACCCGAAAUCAAAAAUUAAAACCCAGGUAUUAGAGUGACGGUUGGGGACUGGGCGUGGAGCCUUUUUGACUCGGGCCUAAUAUACAUUACUGUUCAUACAUGUAUAUGAUUGUACAUUUUUCAAUUACAAGAGUGCCGUGAAUAUGUCAAAACAAUAAUUAACCAACUUAAAUUGCAUGAGCUCUGAAUUUAAUCAACAAAAUGAGAAACAAAAUCUACUUUGAAAUCAAAUUCAAAAAUGCUGGCUGCAUUUAUUUGGAUAGCAUUAAAUAAUUGUUGAAUAAAACUGUAAGUGGAGGCUAAACUUAUUUCUAUCUUUACUUGUUAUAAUUUAUACAAGUACAUGUUAGUCCCCAUGAACAUGUGAACUGUAAGGCUGUAAGCAACACACUGUGUAAGUAAGAUACAUUAAACUCCAAAUGGGUUGAGGUACUGUAAUUGGGACAUUCAUUUUUUGGCAUGCAUGCGUAAAUUACAUGUACACUACACUGUAUACACUAUUUAUAUUAAAGGUUGUCAUUUAAGCAAAUAACUUUAAAUGUCAACCCACUACUACUGUACAUUACACAGCACAUGUAAGUGGCAUACAUGUACAUUAACAUUAUGCUUUCAAGUUUCAAGUUCGGGCAAUAAUUUUAAUAUGAUUAUUGCUGCAGUUAACCAACACUGACCAAUAACUACAAACUACAGUGUAUAUAUGGUUGUUCAAAUUGUACUUUCAACUUUUAGCCUCCAAAAAGGUGAUUACUCUUAACUAUUCAGUGGUUGUAUUUUCCAUUCAACCUUGAUGUCAACAAACCAAUUGUCAAAUACCAGAUGCACCCCAAUAGUUUUCCAUUGUAUUGUAUAGUAUUUUGGAUUGUUGAUUGAUGCACCAUUCCAGUCGUCAUUAUAGUCUAUUCUAUCCCCCUUUCAUAUCAAAUAAAUUGGAAUGUUCCUAUCCGGGAUGACAGUGCAAUAAAAACCAACAGUAUUAAAAACCAACUACAUGUAACAGAGUCAGUUAAAACAUGUUGCAUACACAAACUUCUGGGCUUAAUUAAACUUGGAAAAUUUUGUGAACAAUUUUUUAUUUUUAUUACACAGUUCAAUACUAGCAUAAACAGGUGUUCAGGACACAUUGUUACCCAAAAUCUUCCUCUUUAAACAUUACAAAACUACUUACAAAUACAAUCAAUCUUGAAAAUCUACUGAAUGAUUAGUCUUGUCUAUGUCUUCAUCAAUAUAUGCAUUACUUUCUAGUGCUGAAAAUCAGAUAAACGGUAGUCCAUCUUGUCUAUGUCCAUGGUUUAUGUCUACAAUCAGAUCCAAGAAUUCAAGCAAAUACCAUUAUCAUUUAUGCAAACAGUGGGGUACAAUAUAGGUGCUUUAAUCAUUUCAAAACCUUACAUUGGCAAGUGCUAACUUUAUCCCACUCUUUGAUGCAUUGUAUUGUAUACAAAAUGUACAGAUGAUAUUGUGAAAGGGAAAUUAUCACUCAUAAAACACUUACUGGUAUAAAAAGUUUAUUCUCAGCUGAGCAUAAUAGAAUAGAUUUAGAUUUGAUUACUGGUAUUUAUAAUCAUUAAUUCAGUUUACUGGUUUGGUAUGAAAUGGGUGAAGUACAGUGUAGUGCAUGCACACACCCAUCAAUAAACCCCUGUACCGGUACCUCCUUGUUAAUAGACAUUCCUACCAUUCCAGUGUAUAGAGCCAAACUUCUUUUAAUGAGCUAUGUCUCUUGUCAAGGACCGGAUAUAACAAGAUAUGAAUAGGGUCAGAGUUUGUGUGUUAUCUCUGUCCUAAAGAGAUGGGUUCCACAGAACCAGGUACAAUAGUGUGAAUAGAGAGAGAUACAGUAUUUAUUCUACAUGUAUUUACAUGUAUGUAAAUGGAAUUAUAAAUACCAAGAAGUUGUAAGGCUGAAGCAUUCCUUCAUUAAACUUCUAUGGAUUUUUUUGACAGGGGAAUAUGCCCAUGUCUUUUUUUUCCACACAAUAUGAAAAGGGUUUGCAUCUUUCGUUAUUGAGUAGAUUCUAUUUCAUAUAUCUGCCAAUGUUGGAAAGUAGAUUGGGUUAUUUUCAUUGAGAUUUGGCCUUAUAAAAGGCUGAAACAAAAUCAAAUGAAUUAAUAUUUCCAAAUGACAGGAACCUGUACAGUUUUGUACACCUACAAUGUAUGGUUUAUGUGUACAUUGUAUGGUCCCUUGGUUAGAUAGGAAUGUUUCUUGAAAUGCUUCUGUUGUAAUUUUUUUCAGAGAGAGAGAGAGGGGAUGGACUGAAUCUUUAUCAGUACAUAUGUUCCUAAUGUAGAACAUGCUCCUGAGAAAGAAAGAUUCAUCCAAACCACUACCUCCUGAAGGCAUUGCUGGCAAGUACACCAAGAAAGAGACAUCACCAUGGUUACAGGGCUACAUGAGCCCUGUUCAGCGCAACGGUCCUUCUAUGAAGAGGCCGUCGCAGAUACCCUCGGGAGGACAGCCUGGGACCACUAACCCAGCCGUACCCCAGUGGGAACCGAUAGGGGCACCCGUAGGGCGACGCCCUGGUCUAGCUCAGCUGGGUCUGCCAGACUUCAACAAAGACAAUGGGCAGGCACCAACAGAACACCAUAGCGGUUAUGGAGAUCGUGGUGUACCCACUCAACAACGAGGGGGAUCUCCCCUUCUCCCUGCCAGUGCCUACAGACCAGAUAAACCACCUCAUGCUGGGAAUGUACCAGACUUGCCUCUUCCUCCUGGCUGGACUGUAGACAGGACAAUGAGAGGGAGGAAGUUUUUUAUUGAUCACAACACUCAGACAACACAUUGGAGUCAUCCAUUAGAGAAGGAGGGGUUGCCCCCUGGAUGGGAGAAAGUCGAAUCCAGAGAGCAUGGCACCUACUAUGUCAACCAUGUUUCAAGGACAGCACAGUACAGGCAUCCCAACGCGCCCAAGAUUCCUAGAUAUGAACCCACCCCACCCAUCCCGAAGAGUCUGCCCAUCCCACCCCAGUCACCCAGCCUCAACCCUGCAUCCCGUUCAGAGGGGCAACCAGGCCAGGCAAACAACUUCUGGGUUCCACCCAACCCCUAUCUUUAUACAGAAAUACCUAAUUGGCUGGACGUGUACUACAAAGCCUCCCCUGAACACGAUCAUAAGCUCAAGUGGGACCUGUUCAGACUGCCUGAGUUAGAUGCGUUUCAAGCCAUGCUAACAAGGUUAUACAAAGAAGAUUUAAGAACAGUGGUAAUGGACUAUGAGGCUUACAGGCAAUCGUUACUCAGGGAGAUUGAGAGGCGGCAUGUCAGACAAUUACAUAUACAGCAGCAACAGCAGUUAGCUUACCAGCAACAUGGCUACCCACAACCCUCUCAGGCUCAUGGCCACCACCCACAGCAACAACAACAACAGCAACAACAUCAACAACAACAACAACAACAAAGGCAAGUCAGUCAACUCAAUCAGCAUCAACAACAUGCAGGUCUAAUGCAGCAACAUGAACAGCAGCAGCAACAGGCAUUGUCCCACCAACAACAGCUUACAAUGUUGUACCAACAGUUGUUAGAACAGCAGCAACAACAACAUCAACAAAAACUCCACCAACGGAACCAGGGUGCUAAAGAUGGCCGAGAAACAAGAAUAUGAAGAGGUUAUUUCAGAUCAUUUUGUUUCUGUUGACAGCAAGAUUGUAAUAUCUGGCUGCAUGUGUCAAUGCAGUCAACUUGCGAUCAGCAACACGGAUAUGAAAGUGGAUCACAUGAACGCCCUUGUUUCUUCACUACGGCAAGAUGGCUGUGUCUGCACAUAGAGCUGCUUGUGUAAAUCAUGUCAACUUGCAAUCAGCAACAUGGAUGUGAAAAUCGAUAGCAUGAACGUCCUUGUUUCUUCACUACGACAAGAUGGCUACAUGUGGCUGCAUGUGUAAACCAGAUCAACGUUCAAAAAGGAUAUAUGACAUGGAUGGCCUAGAAAUGUACUUGUUUUUAUCGCCCAAUAAGACGAUGACAAUGGCUGCGUACAUGUAUUUAGAUGAGAUGAAUUUGCAAUCAGCAACAAUGAGAUAAAAAGGAGAGCGUAAUAGGGAGCAUUAGUGCUCUUGCCAAGCUGCAUAUAUGUUACUCAGCCUGCAACAGUAGAUCGAUCUCUUCCAAUUCAGAGACGUACAUGUAGAAGACUUGAUUUGUUCUGUCAUCUGCCCUGUCGGUGGACAAUCCUGCUCUUUGCUCCUGGUUUGUAAAUUAAGCAUUGGACUUACUUUGUCUUUGUCAGACCUGGUGGGCUCCAUACAACCACAAUGCACAGGAGAACCAAGUUCAGAUUUGAAAAGGUAUUGGAAUGUUUAUGUACAGAAGGAUUUCAUUCUAGAGCGUGACGACACAUAAAGGGGUUGAUCCGUGAUGGUGUUUGAUACAACUAUCAGUCAGACUUCAGUCUCUAAACUAAUUUCAUUGGGAUAUGAUAUAUUUGCAGUAUUCCUGCUCCCAAUAAACGGCCAAACACAUCCCUCAGGCUUUUCCAUGUGCGAGAAUAAACUGCUAUGUGUAUUCAAGUCAAUCAGCUGGCUUUUCUCUCCCCGUCUAACCUUCUUCUCUCUUGUCGACUUCCCAUUUCGCCUUUUUAUCCUGUUUUUCCUGCCUAGCUGGCUUUCUUUGUCCUUCAACGUAGUCUUCUAUUUUUCCAAAGAUACUUAACCUUGUAACUUUUCUUUGUCUUCCCCUAUGCUAAGCAUGCUACACUUUUUAUGAGAGGCUUUAGAGAUUUAAUCUCUUUCACAAACCUUAUCCUAAGGAAAGUUGAAAAAGACGAUUAUUACUGUAAGUUAUUUGUCGGAGAGUCCUUAUAUUAGACAAAAUUAUUGAAAUAGUCUAGAAUAAAAGAUAUAUUAGCUAUAUAUUCAAUAUCAACUCAUGUGAACAAAAUAUAAAUUCAUCCAUUUAUAAUUAGUAAGUUUUAGGUUUAGGUGAUUCAAAAGCAAUAUUUAUUUUCAUCUUUUUAGUUGACUUAUAAGAAAUUAGUCUAUGUUGGAUAAUGAUUACUGAAUUUAAUUGAAGAUAGCAGCAAUACAUGCAUCAUAAGUAAAUGUUAUUAUUAUUGGUUUGGGGAAACGUACAUUGUAUUUGUAACCUUGAUACUGUUGAUUCUUGAAAGGUGAAUUGUCUUUUCUGCAAUGUAUAAAUGUACUUCUCAUAAUUUUAUACAAAUGUACUAAAACACAUGUAAAUUCUAAAAAAAGACUUGACAGUGUAAUUUGGUCAUCAAAUGCCCGUGCCAAAGGUGGAUUUCUUCUUCUUCCAUAUUUAUACUUGCUCUAAGUCACCUUGUAUGGACAUGACGUCAUUCUUGUAGUAUGGUACAUGUACGUUUUUAUGCACAUGCAUGUGGUAUGUGUUUGAAGGUAUGAUGAAUGCUAACUGAGUAAUGAUAUGCAAAAGGAUUUUGUAGCCCCUUUCAUAUUAAAGCUUUUUUUUCCUGAUAUAAACCAGGAACUACAGGUUAAUACCCAUGUUAAUAUUAUAUUAUAUAAUAUUAUAUUAAUAACCCCUUUCACACCUAAUUUAUUCUGACUCAACCCAGGAACCACUCCCGGAUAACCUGUUACGAGAGAUUCUUGUGAAAACUGCUUUCAUGAACCUGAUGUAUGUGUAAUGCCAUAAUGUGUAUUGUGCAUAGCCUCAUGUGCAGUUUCCCAAACCAAAUCAGCAAUGAUAUGUGACCUAUUAAAUAAGUGUACUUACAUGUGUAUACAUGUGUGAGAUAAUCUUCUAUCAUCUCUGACUGCAAAAAUACCAAUGUUGUCAAUCACCACAAUAUUGUUGAAGUACAGUAUAUUGUAUCAUUGUUUUUGUCCUAUGUAAAAGUAAUCAGUACUAAUUUUGUGUAUAUGCCUGUUAAUCUACCUGUUAACUCAAAGAUGUACCUGUAGUGUAGGGCUUAUAUUGAAAGAAUUUAAUAUAUUGUAAAUGUAUUAAAAGGUAUCUACCAUUUCUGUAUGAAUGGUUGAAAGGGAUAGAGGGAACAGAGAAAAUACUUACACAAUUACAACUAAUAAAAUGUUGAAUAUUAUAUUUGGAUGAUAUCUUUAUAAUUGUAAUUGAUAAUUUAUUGAUGUAACAAAAAUGAAUGCAUUCAAGUUAAUUAUUGUAAUAUAAUUGUAUUACAUGUACGUAUAGUGUAAUCAAUAUUUUUACCCUCAUUAUGUUAUCUCUAAGAUUGUUUUAAUUUAAAGUAUUUGAAACUAAACUUGUACCUUUCAUGUAUUCUUAUACUGUUCAUGAUCUUGUACUCAUAGCGAUGUUCAUGAUUAGAUUCAUGUUAUUGCCUUUUUCUCCACCAGUAAAAAGAAUCUCUUGUUCUUUGUGUCAGCCAAAAUUGACAAGGGCUUUCAUCUUUAAAGUGCUUUCCCCUCAUUUGCUCAUUAUGCUGUCAUUUUGCGUUUGGUUAUUGUACACUGUGCAGGUGCAGAAAUAUAUUUGGCUUCACAUGGUUGGCCAAUGUAUUUAGAACAUAAAGCUUUAUUGUAUGUUAUAGAUUCCAAGUUCAAAUAAAUUUAAGGAUUAGUUUUGGUUUUUUUCUCUCAGUUGAUUUCACAAAAAUUGAAUCGCCAUAACAGAAUUUCCAUGUCCUGUUUUGGGUGGAGAGAAUUUAAAAAUUGACUUCAAAACUGUAAGAGGUUGCAUUGUUUGUUUGAUGACUGUAUGUCCCAAGCUUGAUUAGCACACUACCAGUUAGAAUCUUAAUUUGGAUCUCCUGAACUGUUCAUCAGAGAGUUCUGCACCGAGAUGAGAUUAUGAUCGGCAGCAGGUCAAAGGUCAUAGCUUUCAUUUAGAGGAUGUGUAUAUUAUUUGUAAUGUCUCCAGCACAAAAGGGAACUCCUCUGUAGCUCUUACAUUGUAACUACUUUGAGUACAUCUAACUGAAAUAACAUUUUCUUCCAUCCCAACUCUGUUUACACAGCAUGUGUCUUAAGGGGGAGGAAAAUAUAAGAACCCACCGAAUUUGAAUUGUAAAAGAAUACACAUGAACAUGUUUCCAAUAUGAACAUACAUGUGUAUGUGAUUGUCAUGGAUGGCCUUACUAUUACUUUAUUGUAUUUUUUCUUUCUUUCUUGUUAGGGUCUGACUUGAUUUACAAAUGGUUAUGCACAUACAAGUAUCAUUGUUUGAGAGUUGUGGAAUUUGUAUAUUUGUUCAACAAAGUGCAAUUGGUUUUAUUCCAUUUUCCCUUGAAGUAACAAUUUUAAAACCAGUAGUUUGACAACAGGGGCCGUAUUCAAUUCAAUACACAGAUCAAGUCAGUAUUUUACUCAACUUUUUGCUUUGCCAAGUUAUUUGUUUAUAACUUAUAACUUAUAUUCAGAUUAAAUCUGAGUAUAUUACUAAUUUAAACAAGCCGACUUUAAGGUCAAACACUGAUAAACAUUGUGACAUCACAUGGUCAAUCCAAAAUAAUGCACAAUUAAUGUGUCGCAUUAAAUGCACUCUAAUAAAUGUGUGCACGGCAUAUGAUGGCUUUAAAGUAAACUACGUGCCUGUCAAUCAAGGCCUCUAAAAAAAUUGGCUUAAACCAGCUUGGGAGCUGUCUUAGUCUUGAGGUAAAAUACUUGGCCAAGAGCUUCAACUAUAUACCAAAGUUGGGUAAGUGUUUCAUCUAAGCCGAAAACUAAGUAUAAUACUCGUUUCCUGACAUAAGUCCUGAAUUCAAUACUGGCCCAAUUAAGUCUGUAUCCCUUAAUUGAAUGAUACAUUUCUUAAGAGAUCAUGUGGAUUUUCUUAUAGAAUGUGUCGUGCGGCCGGAUUGGAUAAAGUCUUUGGUUCAAGACCUAUACUUACUUACUGUACAUGGUAGCAGAGAGGAGAUGCAUCCAAGUAGUCAAUUAUUUUGUAGAGAGUAGCGUAAAAACAUGUGUAAAGGUACUCCUGCUUUUUAGUAUGCACUGCACCGGUAUGUCAUCGACAAAUGUGACUUUCUUCAAAUAUGCUUAGAGGGUACGAAAAUCCUGGAUAUUUUUAUCACUUGCUUUUAGUAUGUUGCUCAAAAUGUGCAAAAAUUAAUGUAAUUUCUGCUUUACAGUAGUUUGACAAAUGCGGAGCAAGCAGUGCUUCUUAUAACAUGUCUUGACAUAAAUUUUGAGGAUACUUUGUAGAAUUUGAUGUCUUCUGAUUUUAACGAGAGACAUGAACAUUUUUGCAUACAAUAUCAGUGUGUCCAGGACAAGUACUAUAUAUUAAGGAAAUAUCUUCAAGACAAUUUUGAAUUCUGAUAAUAAAAUUGAAUUCAGUCAAAGUUAAACAAAACCGCCAAUUAAGUCGUGAACACAUCUAUAAAAUUCCAUCUGCUGAAGGAUCAGAAGGGAAUUGGUUGAAAAUGAAUGAGGGCCAAGUAAUAAAUAAGUGAAGACUGAUGAGGAAAUUCAGCUAGUGGUUCCAAUAGUGCACACAACUCAUGGUCUCAAGUCGGUGCAAAUGUGAGUUGUGCUUUUCAGUGAAUGGUACUUCAAGCAGGGUUUUGUAAAGUUGUAAACAUUUUACUGGAACAAAUUAACCCAUUUACCACAUUUGAAGGAUGUUUCUCAUGAAUUGCAAUCCAUUACUAGGGCCCCCUGUAACACACAAGCUUGCAAUCGAUUUCAAAAUGAUUAUGGCCAAUCAAGAUCAUUGUUGCAUGCACUUAUUGUUAGGAGGGCUGACUGUUGACUAAUCAGAAUCAUUAUUUCAAAUUUACAAUUGAUCGCAAACCUUUGUGUUACAGGGCCUAAAACUCAAGACAAGCUUUAGAUUGAUAAAAAAUAUUUUGCCAUAAAUCACAUAUUGGUCUUGUGCAUAAAUGCAUAGUACUCAUUUUACUCCAAAGAUAUUUUCUACUUGUACAGAAUAUUUGUGAUAUUUAUGGAGGGAACGAUGUUGAGACUCGUGUCAGCAAUAAAACAUCAUUAUUAUUAUUGUGUAUGUAUGCCAUUAACAACCUAUCGAAGGAAAAUAAAGUAAAAAAGAAGAA